CGUUAUUCGCAAGUCAGAAGCGUGGAAUCGGUCAGAGGCUCGCAUUGAGUACCCAUUAAUGCAAGACCUCGAGAAGUACCCGAGCUGGCAAACAGUAGUCAAGGAGAAGCAGAAGGUGUACCACACGGGAGCACCUCAACACGCUUUAAAUGCCAGCGUGCUUCAGGGCACCGAUGGGGGCCUGUUUGAGUUUGUGAUGAUAGAAAGCCUCAAAGCAGUUUGUGAGGGACAUGUCUGCAAGCGGAAGCCGGUUCCCUGGAAGCCCGCUCCCCGCGGUGACAAGGAAUGCCCCGCCACCAAGUACGGCGCAUGCAACGGCGUCGGCGUGUGCCAGCACGACUUCGGGUUAUGCAUGUGCCAGGCGGGAUGGAAGGGGCCGGACUGCGGCGUGCGCGACCCGCGGCCCUGCACCCACCGGUUCCGCCUGCCCUCCGACGCCAACCAGACGGUGCCAAUGAGCCAUGUGGGCCCGGAUGGCCGCGACCGCAACUGGUCGGUGCCAGGGUGGACGGCAUCACGGUGUGCAGGCUACUGCGAUGAGGAUUACGGCUUGUGCUACUGCCCGCCUGACACGCGGCUGGGGAGGGUUCCAGCGGCGCAGGGGUCGGCGCCUUACACGCCGCCCAUCAAGAUAGGGCGGGUGGUGGGCGACACCUGCAAGCCGUCAAGGGACCCGGCGAAUGGCAACGCAAAGGCGACGUGGGGCUCAACCGACCCCGACCUCAUUUUCGGGGUGGGGGGCUGGUGUGACAACGAGACCCACCCCACACGCGAAUGCGGCUGCCUCGUCGAUGGAGUGGAGGGCUACACCUGCUCCGUGAUAACCGACAUCUUCUGCCUCAACCAGUGCUCGGGGCACGGCGACUGCCUGUACGGCUACUGCAAGUGCCACGAGGGCUGGUACGGCAUGGACUGCGCACGUCGGAGAGCGUCCUCUGCGCCCAUACCUAAAGCCGCGUUCGAGGACGCGUUUCCAAAACACCACCAGGGUGUUGUGUCAUUCCCAGCCGCCGCACGGGACCCUCCACCGGCGCCCACCCGCAAGCGGCCACUGAUCUACAUGUAUGACCUUGACCCGCUGUUUAACACACGGAUGCUGCAGUACCGGCUGGUCAGGACGUCGUGCCUGCACCGCAUGUUCAGGGCCGACAACAGCUCCACCUUCGUAACACACGGCUACAGCAUUGAGACCUACUUUAUUGAGCUGCUGAUGACCAGCGGCCACAGGACGUAUGACCCCGAGGAGGCCGACUUCUUCUUCGUACCGCUGCUGGUCACCUGCUACUUCUGGCCAGUUCUGGGCUGGUCGGACCAUCCGUGGUUCGGCAUGCCGCUGGCCAUCGUGCGGCCCCACCAGGGCGCCUUCAUGUACAGGGACGCCAAGCGCUGGAUCCAGAAAACCUACCCCUGGUGGGACCGGCGCGGUGGCAAGGACCACAUAUGGAUGACGGCUCAUGAUGAGGGCGCUUGCUGGCUACCCACAGAGAUAUACAAUACCUCCAUCAUCCUGACGCACUGGGGCCGCAUGGACGACAUUCACGUGAGUGGCACCGCCUGGGGCUACGACAACUACUCGGCGCCGCUGCAGGCCUGGCCGCCGCACGUGGAGGGCGACUGGCGAGACAUCUACGACGGACACCCCUGCUACACACCCGGCAAGGACCUGGUAAUCCCCCUUUUCAAGCCACCCGGUCAUUACGCCCACUCGCCGCUACUGGGCGCACCGCCGCUGCAACGCGACAUCCUGCUGUACUUGCGUGGAGACACCGGGCCGUACCGGGCGCACUGGUAUAGCCGCGGCAUCCGCCAGCGGCUGGCCAAGCUGGCAUACAUGCACGACUGGGCGGAGGAGCACCGCAUAUUCGUGGGCGAACAGUUCAUGAUCCCCGGCACCUACUCGGAGCACCUGGCCCGGUCCAUCUUCUGCGUGGUCGCCCCGGGAGACGGCUACAGCGGGAGAGGCGAGGACGCCGUGCUGCACGGCUGCAUCCCACUGAUUAUCAUGGACGGCGUGCACGCAGUGUUUGAAAGCAUUAUCGACUGGAGUGCCUUCUCCAUCCGCAUCGCCGAGAGCGCCGUGAACGAGCAGUUGCCGCAGUUCCUCAAGUCCAUCUCGCCGGCCCAGAUUGAGCUGAUGCAGCGCAAGAUCGCCAUGGUGUGGCACAGGUUUGCCUACGCUACGGGACCGAUGAUGCAAGACACCUUGGGCGCCACGUACGCUGCCAACCGUGUGUUGCGCCGCCACGUGAGGAACCUGCUGCCAGUAAACGCCGUGGAGGUCGACACACGGCACACGCUGGACACAGUGCGGCGGCUCACACGUGGCGGCGUGCUACCCGCGCCGGCCUGGCUUGGCUUAGAUAAGGUGCAGGGGCAGAAUGGCACGGGGUUGGCGUGGCAGGGACAACCUGAUGGCGAGUGGCUGGGGCCGUUGGGGCACCCGCAGCGGGCGUACCGGCGCUUCCCCGUGCUGAAUGAUGCAUGGCACACAAUCCUGGCCUGGCUGCACUCACGCAUCCCCUCCACGCGCUGAAUGUUCGUGCAAUUGAUUUACUUGAUGUGAACAUGGCGGGGGUAGGAAACGAAGUGCCGGACACCAUGCCCCGGAAUCCCUCGGGACCCCCAUUAUUCAAGGGGGCGACCGAACCCCUUAGGGACAAAACCUUGUUGUUUAGGGCUCAAAGACCCUUAACCAGAUACAAAUGGGGUGCCAAUCGACUCGUCUUGACGAGCGCCAUCACGCUGUGCCAUAGGCGGUCCUGUUCUGCUGAGACUUCAGUCACACCAUCGUGACCCAGCCCACCCCGUGUUUAACUCUCUUUCCAUGUGAUGUAUGGCAGCCUUGCCAAACAUGGAUUCAUGCGCACUAGCGCUUGAGAGCCUCGCCUAGUUGCAUCGAAUGUGGGGACGUGUGCCGACAUGUCGACGUCAGGAUGGGCAAAUUAGCCCUCCCACGCUCUGUAUGAACAUACUACUGCAUAACAUGCAGAUUCAAUCCUCGUGGUGCUGCGUUUGGCCCCUAUGCCUGCAUGUGGGGCGCUUCCCGAGACCUUGUGGUUGCAUGUGGGGCGUCGACCUUUGCGUGCGGGGCAGGUCCUGGAGCAUGGUGAUCGUUAGUUGAUUGGCGUGAGCGAUGGCGCGGUGUUUCCGCAGUGGCGGCAUUUAGAACAGGUGCGUGGAGGGGGCGAAUAGGCCGGGACUUGUGCAGGAUGAGCGUCCACAG